AUGGCCGACUCCAACGAAUCCCAGCCGGUCCCUCGCUCCACCAAGCCCGUCAGCGAGGCCCUGCUGAACGAAAAGUGGGACCGCGCCAUCUCCUCCCUGAUCAUCCGCUCCUCCCUCGGUCUGUCCUUCGGUGUCGUUUUCUCCGUGCUCCUCUUCAAGCGGAGGGCCUGGCCCGCGUGGGUUGGUCUCGGUUUCGGUGCCGGUCGCGCUUGGGAAGAGGCUGACUCUUCCUUCCGUCGGGGCGACUCCCCCGUCAGAGAUGCCCUACGCCGGUAG